CCUUAAGCAAAUAGACAAUGUUCCCGAAAAAGUUUGAAUUCUGUUGAAUGCUUUAUAAUGAACACCGAAGUUGGAAAAACCCUUUGACUCUCCACAGUGGAGUUCAUUGUUUCUUCUGGCCUCCUCGAGUUCACUUUCACAGAGUGGAAGAGACAGAGAAACAUCGAUGUGAGAGAAACACAUCAAUUAGUUGACUCCUGCACAAACCUGACUGGGUCCGGGGGCCGAGCCUGGAACUGAGGGUUACUGGCUACAGAUUGCAAUCGCCAUGACUGACUCGGUAAUUCUUCGCAGUGUGAAGAAAUUUGGAGAGGAGAAUCAUGGUUUUGAGUCAGAUGGAUCAUAUAACAAUGAGAAGAAUUCACAGUCACAAAAUGAGAAGAAAGGUGACAGCAGUCCAGUUGGCUUCUUUCAAUUGUUUCGAUUUUCUUCAACGACUGACAUUUGGCUGAUGUUUGUGGGAGGUUUAUGUGCAUUUCUCCAUGGACUAGCCCAUCCAGGCGUGCUACUCAUUUUUGGCACCAUGACAGAUGUUUUUAUUGACUACGAGACUGAAUUGCAAGAACUCCAGAUCCCUGGAAAAGCGUGUGUAAAUAACACCAUCGUGUGGACCAACAGCUCCCUCAACCAGAACGUGACUAAUGGAAUACCUUGUGGGUUGAUGGACAUUGAAAGUGAAAUGGUCAAAUUUGCCAGUUACUAUGCUGCAACCGCUGUCGCAGUUCUUAUCGCAGGAUAUAUUCAAAUAUGCUCGUGGGUAAUUGCCUCAGCGCGUCAAAUACAGAAAAUGAGAAAACUUUACUUUAGAAAAAUAAUGAGAAUGGAAAUAGGAUGGUUCGACUGCAAUUCAGUGGGAGAGCUGAAUACAAGAUUUUCUGAUGAUAUUAAUAAAAUCAAUGAUGCCAUUGCUGAUCAAAUGGCCAUUUUCAUCCAGCGCAUGACCACAAGCAUCUGUGGGUUCCUGUUGGGAUUUUAUCAGGGUUGGAAACUGACCUUGGUCAUCAUUUCCGUCAGCCCUCUCAUUGGCCUGGGAGCAGCCGUCAUUGGUCUGAGUGUGUCCACGUUUACUGACCAUGAAUUGAAGGCCUAUGCGAAAGCAGGGUCAGUGGCUGAUGAAGUCAUUUCAUCCAUUCGAACAGUGGCUGCUUUUGGUGGUGAGAAAAAAGAGGUUGAAAGGUAUGAGAAAAACCUUGUGUUUGCCCAGCGUUGGGGGAUUAGAAAAGGGAUCGUGAUGGGAUUUUUUACUGGAUUCAUGUGGUGUCUCAUCUUCCUGUGCUAUGCACUGGCCUUCUGGUACGGCUCCAAGCUUGUCCUGGACGAUGGAGAAUAUACAGCUGGAGCCCUUGUCCAGAUUUUCCUGAGUGUCAUAGUGGGAGCUUUAAAUCUUGGCAAUGCAUCUUCUUGUUUGGAAGCCUUUGCAACUGGACGUGCAGCAGCCACCAGCAUUUUUGAGACAAUAGACCAGAAACCUGUUAUUGACUGCAUGUCAGAAGAUGGUUACAAGUUGGAUCGAAUUAAAGGUGAAAUUCAAUUCCACAAUGUGACCUUCCACUAUCCUUCCAGACCAGAGGUGAAGAUUUUAAAUAACCUCAGCAUGGUCAUCAAACCAGGGGAAAUGACGGCUGUGGUAGGAUCCAGCGGAGCUGGGAAGAGCACAGCCCUGCAGCUCAUCCAACGAUUCUACGACCCCAGUAAAGGCAUGGUGACUUUGGAUGGCCAUGACAUUCGCUCUCUUAACAUUCAGUGGCUUAGAGCUCAGAUUGGAAUUGUGGAGCAAGAGCCUGUUCUGUUCUCCACCACCAUUGCAGAGAAUAUUCGCUAUGGCAGAGAGGGGGCGACGAUGGAAGAUAUAGUCCGAGCUGCCAAGGAAGCCAAUGCCUAUAACUUCAUCAUGGGGCUGCCACAGAAAUUUGACACUCUUGUUGGAGAAGGAGGAGGCCAGAUGAGUGGCGGCCAGAAACAAAGAGUAGCCAUUGCUAGAGCCCUGGUUCGAAACCCGAAAAUCCUGCUUUUGGACAUGGCCACCUCGGCACUGGACAAUGAGAGCGAAGCCAAGGUGCAAGAGGCACUGAGUAAGAUUCAGCAUGGGCAUACCAUCAUUUCAGUCGCUCAUCGCCUAUCCACAGUUAGAGCUGCAGAUGUCAUUAUUGGUUUUGAACAUGGUGCAGCAGUGGAAAGAGGCACACAUGAGGAAUUGUUAGAAAGAAAAGGAGUUUACUUCACUCUAGUGACUUUGCAAAGUCAAGGAGAUCAAGCCCUUAAUGAGGAGAGCAUAAAGGGAAAAGAUGAUACUGAAGAUGCUUUACUUGAGAGCAAACAGUCCUUUAGCAGAGGGAGCUACCGGGCUAGUUUAAGAGCUUCCAUCCGGCAACGCUCCAAGACUCAGCUUUCUUACCUGGCACAGGAACCUUCAUUAACUGGUAUAGAUCAUAAAUCUACUUAUGAAGAAGACGGAAAGGACAAGAAUGUUCCUGUGGAAGAAGAAAUUGAACCUGCCCCUGUUCGAAGGAUUCUGAAACUCAAUGCUCCAGAAUGGCCCUACAUGGUGGUGGGGUCUGUGGGUGCAGCUGUCAAUGGGGCAGUCACACCUCUCUAUGCCUUUUUAUUCAGCCAGAUUCUUGGGACUUUUUCACUUCCUGAUAAAGAAGAACAAAGAUCACAGAUCAAUGGUGUGUGCCUGCUUUUUGUAGCAAUGGGCUGUGUAUCCCUUUUAACUCAAUUUCUGCAGGGAUACGCUUUUGCUAAAUCUGGAGAACUCCUCACAAAAAGGCUACGUAAAUUUGGUUUCAGAGCGAUACUGGGGCAAGACAUUGGCUGGUUUGAUGACCUCCGAAAUAGCCCCGGAGCACUGACUACAAGGCUUGCUACAGAUGCUUCUCAAGUUCAAGGGGCUGCUGGCUCUCAAAUCGGGAUGAUGGUCAAUUCUCUCACUAACAUCACUGUGGCCAUGAUCGUUGCCUUCUUCUGUAGCUGGAAGUUAAGCUUGGUCAUAGUGUGUUUCCUUCCUUUCCUGGCUUUAUCGGGAGCUGUACAGACCAAAAUGUUGACAGGAUUUGCCUCUCAGGACAAGCAGGCCCUGGAGACAGCGGGACAGAUUACAAGUGAAGCCCUCAGUAAUAUCCGCACUAUUGCUGGAAUUGGAAAGGAGAGGCAGUUUAUUGAAGCAUUUGAGAGAGAGCUGGUGAAGCCAUACAAGACAGCCAUUCGAAAAGCAAAUGUUUAUGGAUUCUGCUUUGGUUUUUCCCAAUGCAUUGUGUUUGUUGCUAAUUCUGCUUCCUACAGAUAUGGAGGUUACUUAAUCUACAAUGAGGGGCUCCAUUUCAGCUAUGUAUUCAGGGUGAUCUCUUCAGUUGUACUGAGUGGGACAGCUCUUGGAAAAGCCUACUCUUACACCCCAAGUUAUGCCAAAGCUAAAAUAUCAGCUGCACGCUUUUUUCAACUGCUUGACCGACGACCCCCAAUCAAUGUAUACAGCGGUGCAGGUGUAAAAUGGGACAACUUCCAGGGGCAGAUUGACUUUAUUGACUGUAAAUUUACAUAUCCCUCUCGACCUGAUGUACAAGUUCUGAAUGGGCUCUCAAUAUCGGUUAGUCCAGGGCAAACACUGGCAUUUGUUGGAAGCAGUGGAUGUGGCAAGAGCACCAGUGUCCAGCUGUUGGAGCGUUUCUAUGAUCCUGAUCAAGGGAAGGUGAUGAUAGAUGGGCAUGACAGCAAAAAUGUAAAUGUCCAGUUUCUCCGUUCCAACAUUGGAAUUGUCUCCCAAGAACCGGUGUUGUUUGCCUGUAGCAUAACAGACAAUAUCAAGUAUGGGGACAACACCAAAGACAUUCCCAUGGAAAAAGUCAUAGAAGCUUCAAAGCAGGCUCAGCUGCAUGACUUCGUCAUGGCACUCCCAGAGAAAUAUGAAACUAAUGUUGGGUCCCAGGGGUCUCAGCUCUCUCGGGGAGAGAAACAACGCAUUGCUAUUGCUCGGGCCAUUGUGAGAGAUCCUAAAAUAUUGCUACUAGAUGAAGCUACUUCUGCCUUAGACACAGAAAGUGAAAAGACGGUACAGGUUGCCCUGGACAAAGCCAGAGAAGGUCGGACCUGCAUUGUCAUUGCCCACCGUUUGUCCACCAUCCAGAACUCGGAUAUCAUUGCUGUCAUGUCACAGGGGACAGUGAUUGAGAAGGGCACCCAUAAAGAACUGAUGGCCCAGAAAGGCGCCUACUACAAACUGGUCACUACAGGAGCCCCUAUCAGUUGACCUGACUCUAGAAUUCCAUGCACAGCUGUUGCACCAAUUACAGAAGUGCCAUGGGCUAUUUUUUUUUUUUCCUUUAAGAAGAUAAUGAUGAUUACUUUACUUUUACACACAUUAUCAUACAUUGGGAUCCAAGCUCACGUCUAAUGACCUUUGAUAAUAAUUGAGUUGUAAAUGCCUGUAUAUAGAAAAAUGAAAUAAGGUAGGUCCAGUGUGAGUGAAAAGCCAAUGUCCAGCAGCUUUUCAGACAUCACUCAGUGCUUACUCCAUGCAGGGGCCAGUCUCCCAACGAGAAGUCUUGGAGUAAAUAAGACUUUGAAUUCCUCAAGGGCAGAAGAGGGGUUUUGUGUGUGUUUUUAUUUUAUUUUCUAUUUUGAGCCCAUAAUUUGUUAGUCCCAAGAUAAUAAAAGUGGGAAAUGUUCAUUCUUCCCAUUAAGAUAAAACAGUGUCUUUCAAUGGAAAUACAAUGAGCCACUAAUGCAAGCCACAUAUGUAAUUUAAAAUUUUCUAGUUAUAUUAAAGAAAGAAAAACAAAAAGGUAAAAUUAAUGUUAAUAAUGUAUUUUAUUUAAGCUGAUAUAGCCAAGAUAUUAUCACAACAUGUAAUAAAUAUAAAAUUAUUAAUAUUUUGUUAUUUUAUCAUUUUAAAUUUCCAAACACUGAUGUGUAUUUACACUUUCUGCAUAUUUCUGUUUAGAGUAGCCACAUGUCAAAUUCCCAGUAGCAACAUGUGACUCUAUCAGACAGAUAGGGUUAGAGAAUCCAGGUUCAUGUAUUUUCUGGUCUGAGCCUCAAUUAUUUCUUUCAAGUCCUAUAAAAACAUGAGCCCAGCCCUAGCAGGUUUGGCUUAGUGGAUAGAGAGUUGGCCUGUGGAUUGAAGGGUCCCAGGUUCCAUUCCAGUCAAGGGUACAUGUCCGGGCUGUAGGCUCUAUCCUUAGUUGGGGGCAUGCAAGAGACAGCCAAUUAAUGAUUCUCUCUCAUUAAUGUUUCUAUCUUUCUCUCCCUCUCCCUUCCUCUCUGAGAUCAAUAAAAAUAUUUUUUAAAAUGAAAAAUAUAUUUUUAAAAUUUUUACAUCAUUUAUUUUAUUUGCAUCACCUGUUUGCAUUGACUUGCAAAAAGGGAAAGAACUAAUGUUGCUUAGUGUAACACAAUAUAACUUUGAAAAUUGGCAUAUUAUUAAUUCCACCAAGGUCUUCUUUCCAAAAUAUGUUUAGUUCCAAUUAGCUUAUUAGAAUUAUUUAUGCUUUUUUUUUUUCCUAUGAAGAAUUCUUUUUGAAUAAUUGGAGCAGCACAUCUUCCUACUUAUUUUGGGAAGAAACCCUCAGUUCAAUUAAUGCUUCUCAAAAUUAUAUGGAGGCAGAUAUCUAUAAACCAGAAAUGUGACUAUGAAAAAAAGUAGAAGAGUUGGCCUCUAGAUUUUUUUUUUUUUUUUUUUUUUUUUGGUCUAGAAACUAUUUUUCAUGUAGUUAUUGUAUGUCUAUCCUACAUGGCUUUUAGGAAAUUAUUUCAAUGAAUAGACACUUUUGAUUUAGUGAUACAUUCAUGCAUGCAAUGUUUGGAAAUUAAACACUCACUGAAAAAUGUAGAUCCUGGAAUGUUUUGAUUACUAUGUCCUGAAAGAGAAAAAUACAUAGAAUCAUAAUUAAAUAUGGUUUACCACAUAUUCAUGAAUUAAAUGUAAAUUUCCUAUCCUAAGAAAAUAUCAGGACAUUAUCAUAAAGUUGGUUUAAGAUUCCACCUCAUAUUUCCAGCUGAGAGCUGGAUUCUCUUAGAUAUGUAGAUUCUCUCUGAAAUCAGGUUAUGUAAGGCUGUUAGUGGAGAUUAAAAAUUUGCAAAUUUUAUUGCUGUUUUCUAACACAUUUUGAGAUAAAUUUACAUAUGUGUGCCAUUAUCAAA